AUGCUUACGCUAGACUUCAGGACACUGACGGCACCUUUGGGCAUUUUGAGGAUCCUGGAGGUGAUCUUCACAUGUACCACUUUCAGCUUGGUUGCAUCAGUGGGCCACGGCUUUGGCUCCUUUUGGAUAUGGUGCAUGUUCACAUGGUGCUUCUGCUUCUGUGUCACCAUCCUCAUUUUGGUCUUGGAAUUCACCAGCCUCAGCUCAAAGCUGCCCAUCUCCUGGCGUGAUUUUACAACCGCAUUUGUCAUGCUGGCAACUCUAAUGGUUUUCUCAGCAACGGUGAUCUACUCCACCUUCCACGCCUGUACUACUUGUGGCAGACAGAUUGGUGCCAGCACAGUCUCCUCCCUGACAAUCAUGCUGUAUUCUGUUGAGAUGAAACUGAUUCGUGCCCAAUCUAGUGAAACUAGUGGGUUUCUCUCCACUGUGCCUGGCCAGCUCAAAGUUCUGGAGGCUUUUAUGGCCUGUAUCAUCUUCAUCUGUUUGUAUUUCACUCCCUACUCAUAUUUUUCAGGUCUCAAGUGGUGUGUUGCUGUCUACUCCAUUUGUUUUAUUUUUUCCUUCCUUGUCAUUAUUUUAGCUAUUGUUCGCCUGCCAGGCCGCUUUCCUGAAACUUUUAACAAAGUUCUGAUAGUCUGCAAUGUGCUGGCCGUGUUGAUGUACAUCACAGCUGUCAUCAUCUGGCCUGUCUACUGCUUUCGGAACUUUGCCAGACCAAAUCCUUGCUCUCUGUACUGUUAUUGGAAUUAUCUUGUUGUUGUCUCUGUUCUGUCCUCUUUUAACUUGAGUGCCUACAUCGCGGACACAAUGUAUUCUUUAAAGCCAGCCUUCACCACUCAAACAUAA